AUGUCUAUCCAAGAGGGGUCUACAAUACUCUUCUCAAAUGACUCCCAAACAAUCUUCGUUCUCGACACCCCGCAUUCAAUCGCCCAGGCGCAAACUCUGGGCUUCCAUCAACUACCACCCCACGCACCAUCAAACGGGUCGACAGGGCCUGCGGCAGGAGAAGAAGUUAAGCAUGCAAGAAAAACAUAUCUUCUUUCAACAACGCCGCUCGAAGCUCCAUAUCCAUCGACAACAGAGCCUAAAACAGAUUCUGCGCGAGCAAAGGUUCUAGCUCGGAUUCCAGAGAGCGAGCGUGUCUUCCAUGCAGCUAUUUCGCCUCUUGUGCAGCAUGCUUUGGGGUUCAUUAGGGAGCAGUUUGAAUCUUCUGGAAGCCUCUGGUGUCUUCCUCGACACAUUGAUGAGAAGAUUUCUCAUGUCUGUGUAAAGACGGACUCUGAAAUACGUGAUUCUGCCUCGGCAUCAACUUCAAAGAAAAGGCCACGGACGGACUCGGUGUACCAAGAAGAUCUCGCGCGUCCGAGCAAGGCUUGCGAUGCCUCAUCGUUAGAUGGACCCGGACUAGGGCUGGAAGCUCCAUUGAUACUAUCUUCUACUUCUCCCAAUCUAUUUUCCUCAAUCUCAGAAUUGGACACCAUCGUGAAGAAUCCAUCAUGCGAGCCUGCGACUCUAUCAAUCUCGCCACGAGAUGAGACUAUUCCGACCGAAUAUACCAUCCCACCAAGGUCAACAUUCAUCCUCUGCGAUCUUCCCUUAUCGACACUGACAGAGUAUGAACGACCGCUGGGAAUCAUUCCCGGCAUGCCGGAAGAUCAAAAGUUCAAUCUACUCCUUUUCGACCCGCCCUGGCCAAACAAAUCUGUUCGACGAAGUCGACAUUAUCAAACACACCCGUACGCGGAGAUGGAUCUUCUCACGCAGCGCCUGGCGGAUAUACUCCACGCCCAUGCAUAUAAAGCAACAUCGACCCCGACGAUCUCACAAGAACCCAGCACGACACAAUUCCAAAACCAAGACUCUAUCGCUGCAAUAUGGAUCACGAAUGCCGAAAGGGCACGACGCGCAGCUUAUACCAUCCUCUGUACCUCUGGCUUCCACGUCUGUGAAGAAUGGAUAUGGAUUAAAGUGACUACUACCGGCGAACCAAUUUGCCCAGUCAAUGCACUGUGGCGAAAACCCUAUGAGAUUCUUGUCAUUGGAUGCAGAGAUCAUAAUGUGACCAACCAAUCUUGCUCCUCCUUCCAUUCAUCCUCCUCUGCAUUGAAUAAUAUGCAGGCGCAGGCGGACGGAGGAGGGCCUUUCGGAACUAAUUCGGAACCCGAUUUCCCGACCCUGCCUCCGACUGGCAAAAAUAUUACGAGACGGGUAAUUGCAGCCGUGCCGGAUAUUCACUCCCGCAAACCGAAUCUGCGAGAACUUUUCGAACGAAUUUUCUUCCAGGGUGUGGUCUCUUCUCCGUCUUCUCAGGGUCAGGACCAGGAUCAGGCCCGGGCCCAGCCGUACACUGCGCUAGAGGUUUUUGCGCGUAAUUUGACGGCGGGUUGGUGGGCCUGUGGGAAUGAGGUGCUUAAAUUCAAUGACAGGAAAUGUUGGGUUGAUGAAUAA